AUUGUCAAAUGAAUUCUUGUGUUUGGUAUGUCAUAUGUAUAAGUAGUUUAGUUAAUAAAAAAGGAUAAUUAUGUCAUUCUAUUAUAAUCAGUAAAUACUUGUGGAAUUCAUUUGGAAAUUUCAUCUCAAUUUCUCGGAAUUGCUAUAACUAGUUCCAAUUUCAUAGAAUUCAAAAUUUAAAAUUUGAAAAUGAAUUCUUUUAAAUACCAAACAAAAAAAUGUUAUAUUUCUAAAUAAAUUCCUCGAAGCUUAUUAAAUUUAUUUAUACCAUAGUUUAUUAAUGAAACACUAAAAUGCUUUUCGAUACACACUCCCAAAAAACAUCGUCAAAACCUAUAUUUAUUUUUCUGUAGUAGAAGAUGUGGAGGAUGAUGAUUGGCAAUAAAUUGGGGGAAUCGCCAUAUAUGCUGGAGCGUACGUACGUUGCGUAGAAGAUUGACUAAUAAUAAGUACCGCAUGCAGGGGACCAUCGUCGCCGUCGCCGUCGACAGGCAGUACCACCGGCGGUGGUUGGUGGCAGAGGACGGCGGUGGUUGGGGAGCAAUUAGUACAACAACAACAACAAGUCGAAGGAGAAUCGGUAGAGCCAAUGAUGAUGAUGGACCCAGACUCUUUGGCCCAAACCUACUGGCAUUUGCAUGUCCAGGACAGGACGUGUUGGACCCAAGAGAUCGACCUCCGCCCUUCCCACUCUCAACAGUGACGCCGGCCGGCCCGGCCCGGCCCCCAAGUUAAUUACUAUGUUACCCCCUUAAUUAAAUACCGAUUGAACUAAUAUUGCUCUUGAAAGCUCCUUCUUCCCAAUUUUUAUGUGGUGUUUAAAUGUGAUGGUGAGAGCUCAUUAGUACGAAAUAGUCGUCGUCCUGUCAAUCAAAUCUUAUACACAUACACAUCAGUUUCCGUAUUAAUUUGUCUUCUUGCUACUGUUUUUGUUUUUUUACCCUUUGUGACCUUCGUUUUAAGGGGCAGUGGGUCGUAUUUGUUGUCUUCUACGGACGAGCGAAGGGCUUCGUGUCCCAAUUUAGGACACACGACAUACAAUACAAGCCUAUCUCUCUCGUGGACUUUGAAUCUGAUCGAGCUUUUUUUUCUUCUUUCUCUAGGUAGUAAGUAGUAAACCCUACUAUUUUCCUACCUUCUAGCCCGAUGGUGACAAAGGGAUCUUGUUCCACUGCGAUCAAUGUUUAGGUUAAAACCUUGGAGGAUCGAAUCAUCGUCACCAGGGGUGAAACCAGGAUUUCCAUGUCGGGAGGCUAAAAAUAAAAAAAUCGUACAUAUUUUUUUUCUUUCUUCAAUAGGUAGAUUAGUAAAGUCAUAUUCAAAGU